AUGUCCCGCAGACCAUCAAUCACGAGUUAUCCCUCCCGCACGGAUGGAAAGAGGAGGUUAGCACCAAUGCGCAAUAGUCAUCCAAAACUUCAUAAAUUGAGGCGAUGCACAUCAUUGGAAUGGAUUUACAACUCUAACGACGAUUCUGAUGAUGAAAAUGAUGAUCAAAGGGCGGUUCAGCGACAAGAUGGUAGCCUACCAGUGAUGUCAUAUUGGUAUGGUAAGCUGUCAGAGAUAUAUCUAAAGUCUGGUACGCACGUGCAGGAUGUAUGGCUCGAAAUACAGUGGUAUUACAGACAGGUAGACUUGAAAGAUGAGGACGUCGAUCUGGCAGCUUGUGUGGGCGAAUAUGAGCUUGUUCUCAGCAAUCAUACAUCUGUGGUUGAUAUGUCCUGUGUUGAGGAUCAUGCCAAUAUAUUUCCAUAUGAUGAAGGUGAUAUAUCACAACGUCAGAUCCCAGUUGUUUUCAAGGCAGCAGAGUCAACUCUCAGACCGCGACAAAUUGUGCAUGCAAUCGAUGCGAUCCCGCAUUUUCCUCCCCAAUCACAGUCCAACGAUACUGCAGGAAAUGUUCUCACUGGAUCAAUGAAAAAUGUCUUGCAGCUCUGGGGCAUCCCCUGCGUUGCAAUACGAGGGGGAUCAUGUGGUGUUGUUGGGAAUGCAGUGAUAUUAAUACAGGGAAAGGCACUUAUGGAAGCAGCUAGAACAAUUGGACGACUGCCUGAGGGAUGGAAGGAUAACAUACAACAAGCCAUGCUACCCAUUGGCGAUGAUACUAUACCUAGAUACUACUGCCAAAGUUGUAUGAAGGAGAUAACCCCCAUGCAUCCAUCUUGCGACCUUAGUGAAUGGAAUGCACACGACGUGCAACAGUUGCUCAAAAUGAAGGGGACCAUUCAAGACGUUGAUGGAGAGUGUUCACUGAAGGUUAUCGGACAUUCACGAAAGGGAUGCCUAAUAGCUCCCCACUACCGUCUUCCAUUAUAUGCACUCAACAAGAAGAUUGGAAUUUACAGAAAAGUCAUUGAACAUUUGCAGAAAUCAUCGAGCACCAAUGCUACCACGUUGCGGGAUACCUAUGCAUCGGUUAUGAAAUAUCUCAACGAUGUGCGCACUGCAUUUGUAGAUGAUGCUGCUGCAUCUUCAGAUCCAACAAAUAAAGACUUCAGAUCUUCUACUGUUGACUACUACCUGUGGUUGGACCAUACGUGCGAUGGGUUUCAUGAUGUGUGGCGCCAAUCCUUGGCUACAGAGCAUGGUGUAACCAUUGAAGGUGUAGAGAACGGAGAGUGUUCAGAUAUCCUCGUUUUUCGGUCUGGUGGAGAAGAAAACAUGGAGAGUUUACUGAAUGUGAUCGAUGCCUGUGUCAAUGCGUCAAUCGACCAAGAGAGCACUGCACCAUCUAUUUCUGUGCCACAAAUUAACAUGGUAUCUGAUAGCACAGAUGUGAAUCCCAGUACAUUUCCAACAUUCCCAUUGCCAUUCGAUAUGAAUUUUCGCAGGCUUGCUCUUAGCACUCUCGGCAGUGAUGCACAUAAAAUCAUCGUUGGUGGCUUUGGUAAAUGGUUACCUAGCCAUGUCGCCAUGAGAUUUCGGGAGAUCCAAGGACUCGAUCAUAACGAUCCAUUGGACAAUCUUGUAGCCAAUGGGUUGCUUCUUACUGCAAAACAUUUGGAAGAGUACUUGGAGAUAUUCGGUAUGGCAGAGAUGAUGGCCACAUGCCAGGAAUUAUCAGCAGAUCGAGGUGCAAUGUCGCGAUUCUUUACUGCUGCUGGUCGCGCCAUUUAUAUAUCUCGCACGGGCAAGGAAUGUGUGGUUGAAUAUGGCCAGACUGUUCCGUCAACGAAUGAAUUGAUCAUCGCAAUGGACAGCCGUGCAUGUACAGCUGUCGCAGUUGGGGUUCAAUGCGACUUCAUUGCCGAAUGCAAAGUUCAAUUACCUCCUAGCCGUGUAAUGAUGGAUCGCGAAAUGCAGACAGACAUCAUAAUCGAUGACAAACUAAACAUGGACGCAUCUAACCAUGGAAUUAAUGAGCCUGCUUUUCAGCCAGAUUUACUGCAGCCUGAAGAAUACUUACAUGAUAAAUGUCACCAUUACGAUCGAGAACCGCCAUCAUUUGACCCGCACGAUGAUAAUUCUGGAGAUUUACCUCAGAGUACAUCGAUUCACCUCGAAGCAUCAGUCACUUCCAAUCCAGAUAUCAGUGAUACGUCCAGCUAUGAAUAUGACUUAUCUAAAAUCCGCGACACUCUCAAGAUGUCAACCCCAUUGAAGUCUAGAUUAUGCCAGGAUACGCAGGUUGUCUCACAAAAUGUUCCUGCUACAACUGUUGAGCGACACGGCUCCAAAAAAUCUGAAAGGCCAGUUAUAUUCGCUAAAAAAAGGCCCGUGGUUGCGAACAACGCCUUUGGAGUAUCUAAGUCUGUGAAACAACCAAGGUACACCAUUCAAGAUCUUGUGCGUGAGGCCCAGGAAGGUACAAGCAACGUCACUCCCUUCCUUUCGUCAUUCAUCAUGGAUCCUGAAGGAAUAAAGUUCCUCAUAUCCACUAUCGACUCUAAUUAUGAUUCUUGGUUAUUUAUUACUCGACACAUUGCAUUCUUACUUCGUAAGGAGUGCAUGACCCGUUCUAUGAGGAAAAUGGCAGUAUUACUGAUGUCAUUUGAUAUUUGGAUCAAGGAUGUUUCUGACGAGUGCAACAAGGCACUUCAGAGUGAUACCGAAGAUAAAAUACUUCCUCCAUUGCAUCAACAGGCGCAUUGUGUUAUUCUGGAACUUUCUGCUCGUGCCAUAUUGGAUGAGCAAUCUAUAAUGGUCAAAGCUGUUAUAUUAUUUAUGAAAGGUGCAAUCCAGGACAGUGCAAAUAUGAACAUUGGGCCAACAAAUCUGAAGUUGGACAUCAGACGUACAAAAUCUAUGCCACUUUCGUCGAAAGUUAUCGCCAUAGAGCCAAGACAACAACUCGAAAUGAUAUGA